UCUUUAAAAGUUUUAGAAUAAAAAAUGUCUGAAAUUAUGGAGAAUGAAGAAAUAGAGGAAAUGAAUGAAGACCUCGAAAAGGAGUUAGGAAGCGAGGAGGUGGAGAAGGUGAACAGGGAGGAGUUGAAGGAGGUCGAGCAGGAGAUGAUCAUUCGAGAACUCGAGGCAACAGAAAACCAACUCAAGGAAUUGGACAGGAUCGAGGAGAAUAAUGGAAAUCCUUUCCACGGAGAUUUAUCCUUCUCUCCUGAGGAUUUAGCGGCGAGAGGUAUUUUUGUGAAGAAUGUUAUGGAGUUUACUGCAACCCUGGAGCUAUCUGCACCUAAAGAUGUUUCUAAGAUGUACAACUUUUCUGGUCUGAAAUCUAAUCUACCCCGGGAUGAUAUAAACCUACAGUUCUGCAGAGGACAGCUUAAACUAAAGAAGGAUAUGUUGACAGAUAUGAUGCAACAGUCGAAAAGAAAGAAGUCACUACUCGACUCUCAAACUCUACUCCUUCUCAAAACGCAAGAAGAAAGCCAUUUGGUUGCGGAGAAAACGGAUUUCUGGCGCAGAGCAGCACUUCUUCAUCUUAAGGAGAAUAAACCCCAACUAGAGAAUAACCCUGAAUGGUUGGCUGAGUAUAGAAAGGAUGGGAUGGAUCUUCAGCAGCAAACUGGAGAAAAAUUCUGGAAACAGGUGGAGACAGGGGAGAUUAAACCACAGAGAAGGAAGAGCGUGAUCAACCUUGCUCCUACUCCAUUAGUUCAACCCGUCUCCAAGGCACCAGUAAAGGGUAAAAGAGAAGAAAUGGAAGAAAGAUGGCAGGUUAGCUUGAGUGAUGAUAGUUGGUACCGAGCUCCACAGUUUCAUCCAGAGGGUAAUCAGGCUAGAAGAACAGAUAUAGGGGAGUAUUAUUAUUAUUAUUAUUAUAUGUUUGAAUUUAACAGUAAACGUCGGGCAACCCUGGUACUACCCUCCCAUGGUAAUAGUUUAAUAGGAAGGGAAGGAGUGGAGAAGGUGAUGAGUAGGUGA